CAGGGUUUAUGACCGCCUCUGCUGUGAUGUCACAGCCUGGUAGGGAGGGGGCUGCAGUCCUCAGGAAACUGCCAGUGGACAAAGUCAUAAACAAGAGUUCCAGUUCCCUGGAACCUGAGUCAGGAGGCCUGCAGUUCACUUUCUGUCUGUUUGCUGGCCAGCACCAGACUCUCCCAGACAGGCCUACGCUAGAGGGCUGGACAGUGUGGUAGAGUGGUGGACAGAGUGCUGCCUCUAUCCACAAUGCAGCCAUAUGCUGGCUGAGAGAUAACUUUGUGUCUGGAAGAGCCCUCUGAUUUCCUAUACUAACGGCCUUACACAAGAUGGAGGAUUUUACAUUUGAUGGAACAAAGCGCUUAAGUGUCGACUACGUGAAGGGAAUUCUUCAACCCACAGUCACCUGUGACAUCUGGGAUGAGAUCUGGAACUUCCAAGCCAAGCCUGAUGACCUGCUUAUUUCUACCUAUCCUAAAGCAGGAACAACAUGGACACAGGAGAUAGUGGAAUUAAUACAAAAUGAAGGUGAUGUGGAGAAAAGUAAAGAGGCACCAACUCAUCAACGAUUUCCUUUCCUCGAAUGGAAAAUCCCAUCCUUAGGAUCUGGUUUGGAACAAGCUCAUGCAAUGCCCUCACCACGGAUCCUGAAAACACAUCUUCCUUUUCACUUGCUGCCACCAUCCUUCCUAGAGAAAAACUGUAAGAUAAUCUAUGUAGCAAGAAAUCCCAAGGACAACAUGGUGUCCUAUUACCAUUUCCAAAGAAUGAAUAAAGCACUUCCUGAUCCAGGAACAUGGGAAGAGUAUUUUGAGACUUUUCUGGCUGGGAAAGUGUGCUGGGGCUCCUGGCAUGAACAUGUGAAAGGAUGGUGGGAAGCCAAAGACAAACACCGUAUUCUCUACCUCUUCUAUGAGGACAUGAACAAGAACCCAAAGCAUGAAGUUCAGAAGCUAACAGAAUUUAUUGAGAAGAAACUAGAUGACAAAGUUCUAGAUAAAAUUGUCCAUUACACUUCAUUUGAUGUUAUGAAACAGAAUCCAAUGGCAAACUAUUCAUCGAUUCCUGCUGAAAUCAUGGACCACUCCAUUUCUCCAUUCAUGAGAAAAGGGGCAGUGGGAGAUUGGAAGAAACACUUCACCGUGGCUCAGAAUGAGAGAUUUGAUGAAGAUUACAAGAAGAAAAUGGCUGAUACCAGACUAACUUUCCACUUCCAAUUCUAGUAUGGAAGAAAAAGAACUAAAAAUAUUUUAGUUUAUUACCCAGUAUAUUUAGGUAAUAAUGAAAGUUUAAUUCUCAAAACAAAUGAUAUCAGAUUCCAGUUAUCAGAAUAGUUUAUUGUGUUUGCUCUUGUUCACUCUACUAAAAAAAAAUUUUAAAAGGCUGGGGGCAAGGUGGUGACAGGCAGCAGGGUGGCAACAUGGAGAGAGGGAAGCUCAGUAAGUCACUAGUUACAAUCCUGGUAUCAUUGCCAAUUAUCAUAUUUACAUUUCUUACAAUCAUGUGCUUAUUAACAUAUUGAAAAUGCUUCAGUCCUCACAUGAUAAUACACUAACAUUUUCAGAUUGCGUUUUGGUUCAAGUUAAUUUUUAAAUGCAUCACUAAUGUGUAAAUAGUGACUGUUCCAGCAAUUUUUUGGUGGUGAACUGUCAAAUGACUCAUUUUCCUCUUGGACCCUCCAAGAAAAACUUCAGGGUCCUAGUGUAAUACAUCUGUCCCCAUUUCUCACCAGCCUACAUAUUUAACUGGACUCACUCUCCCACCCUCAGCUAAUGCUACAAUCCUGGAGUCACCUCUUGACUCAUCUUUCCCAGUGCCGCCACAAUCCAUUCUAAUCUGUCAGCAAAAUCUGUCAGUUUUAAGCUAUGAAAUCUCUUACAGUAUUUCUAUCUAACCAUUCCUUGUUUUCCUUCUAUUUCUAUAGCCACCUUUCUGGUUCAGAAACCUUUUACUUCUUGUCUCAACUAAUGUAAUAGCUUCCUAACUCCUUUCUAUUUCACACAUAUGGUAAGGUUAUUUUCCUUAAAAAGACUCUUAUUAUGUUGUUCCUUAGCUCAAAAUCCUUCAAUGACUGAAUUUUCACUGCCUGAAAGACAAACCCCAAGCUUUUAGCUAUGAAUUCAAAAGCAGCUGUAACCAUAAUGACUCCAGCCUUCACUUCCAGCUUCACCUUCCAAACCACCUCCAUAUUCCAGCAAAUUAGCCUACUUACUUGUUCCUAGUCACAUCUUACAGCUUCCUACCCUCCCAGUUUUAUUCAUACCAAGCCUCCUCCUGAAAUUUCCUUUCCUUUCUUUCUACCUACCCAAGACAUACAACAUGCUUCAAUAACCAGUCCCUUCCUCCUACAAACCCUACAACCUGGAAAGCACUCUUGCUUUUCCGAAGUCCUCUACACUUGGUGUAACUCUUCUGUGAUGAAGAUUAAAGUGUAUUAUGGCAA